AUGUUAGUAUUUUUGGUGAUUCCCAGUUUGAAAGAGGUUUCAAGCAAGUUCAUAAUACAGACAUUGUCUUCUUCAAACUGUCUAAUGGUAUAUUAUUUGGCUGUGAAUUAUCGGUGCAUUGAAUUACAGGAAAAAGCGAGAGAUUUUGUCUUUGCAAAUUUCACAAGCGUUGUUGAACACGAAGAUUUUCUGAACUUAACCCUUAAAGAGGUGGAAGAGUGGAUUUUAAGUGACGAAAUCAGAGUAAGGGGAGAGGAAGACGUUUUCCAGGCAGUUGUGAAGUGGGCGGAAAAAAGGGGGAGCGGAGAUCGUGAGAAAUUUUUUGAUUUGUUUCGUCAUGUUCGUCUUAUUUACUUGUCACGCAACUAUGUUUUAAAUGAAAUUUUCCCACAUCCUUUGGUAACCAACGACAAAGCAUGUACAGCUUUUGUCUUAGAUGCAGUAAAAGAUGUCUCUUCAGGCUCUGAAGAGUGCUUUUUUGCCCAAGCACCAAGAAACUGUCUUAAAACAACAGAAGAUUGCCUUGUUGUCUGUGGGGUAGGUAAAAGAACACUUUGCUACCUCCCUGCUGAGAACAAGUGGUAUGAUAUGGCAGAGAAAACAAAGGGCACAGUAUAUUAUCACGUGAGUGCUUCUCAUGGUAAACUUUAUACCAGCAACAAACCGGGCCCUGAUCUAGCAAUGGAGCGAUAUGAUCCAGUCAUAAACUCAUGGGCACCUCUGAUGUGUUACAGUGGUCUGAUGUCGAGCCACUUAGUAACUGUGGUCAAUUUCCAAGGGUUUUUGUAUGUCAUUUGUAGAAAGACAGGUAAUGCGGGGUGUGUAAACUGUGUGUAUAAGUACAAUCCUGAUUCAAACCUAUGGCAGGAAGUAGCACCAAUGAAUGUUCCUAGAGCUGCAGUGUGUGCUGUAGCUGACAAGGAGACCAUGUAUGCAAUUGGAGGUCAGGCAAACAAUCAAAAUUCGGAUGUAGUAGAAAAAUUUGACUCUAAAAGGAACUCGUGGUGUAGAGUUGCCUCAAUGCUAGAGAAGAAAGCAUGCCCUUGUGGUGCACUUUUACAUUCUAAAAUUUUUCUAUUUGGAGGUUUUUUCAGUUCUCAACCCAUAGUGGUAUCUUUAAGCAUUGAAAUGUAUGACCCAGGUUCAAACGUGUGGACAGCUAUUCAGGGUAUAUCUGCACCAACACGCUAUUUUAGUGCGACAAGUUUCAAAGGAAGCAUUUAUGUUAUUGGAAAGUGGAACCAAGAUAGUUCUGAUAGUUUCUUGCGGAUUUUUGAUGUUGAAAAAAAUGAGUGGAGGCACUGUGCAAAUGUUCCUCGUAUCUCAAAUCCAAUUGCUUUGGCUCCUCUGAGAAUUCCAAGAGACAUUUUAAAGACAUGUAAGGUUGCAACAUAG